UCCGUUCUAGACCACACCCAAGAUGGCGGCCAUCAAGAGGCUGCUGAGGUGUGCAGUUUUAUGCAGUUUCGUGGCUUGUUCAUUAACUUCAAAGUCUUUCAAAGACGAAGAUGAAAUUAUCCACAAUGUAAAGUUACCUGGYAAGCGUUUUCUUCGCAGAAGRAAUGCAGCAAAGUCCCUCCGCGUCCAUUUUGUUUAUGUCGAUGUCAACAUUUCGAAUGAAGAAGUCCUGAAAGAAUUGCUUCAUAAAGCCGAAACAUACUUUAAGAAUACUUUGAAAGUCAAACACCAAGUAGAUAAAAUUGUUCUUCAGCGUCGAUGUACGAACGACUCCUACUUCUUGAAAAAUGAAACUGGAGAUGGUCCGGGAAGCGUUCGUUUCUGCAAGAAAUCGUGUGACAAAGUGAGGCACUCGUGUGGYAUAGCAAGCGUACAAGACAAAGACCUUGAUGUAUGCCGCGUGUGUGACGAGAAUGGACAUAACUGUAAAAUAGACAAAGAUCAAUCAAGCAAUGCCGGUWUAGGUUACAAAGAUACUGACUUCGUUUUGUAUGUGACAAGUUUGAUGAACAAAUGUGACAAGCCAAAGACGGUCGCGUACGCUGCAGCUUGUCAACAAGAGAUGACCACCGAUAGGCCAAUAGCAGGGUUUAUUAAUGUCUGCCCAAAUAAGCUGACUAACAAGUCUCCURAYGACUUAGAAUUAUUGUCAACAAUUAAACAUGAGAUAUAUCAUGCUUUGGGAUUCUCACCGUCCUUGUUUGCUUUUUACCGCAACUCAACAGGGAGUCCGCUGACAGAACGCCUUCAAAAUGGCUUGCCGGCUUAUGAUAGCGAUCUCAAGGUGUAUAAAUGGAAUGACAAGAUCAUCAAGAAAAUUACACGGUCAAAUUGGAAGAUACGGAAAAGCAAAGGAGAGGUUAAACAUGAUGUCAACUUGAUUGUCACACCACGUGUUCGUGAAGAAGCUCAAAAGCAUUUUAACUGCUCUUCACUYGAAGGAGCUGAAUUAGAGAACCAAGGAGGUCCAGGAACUGAACUAGCUCACUGGGAGAAAAGACUGUUUGAAAAUGAAGGAAUGACUGGUGCCUUUACACAAAAUUCUGCCUUUUCAAGAAUCACACUAGCCUUAAUGGAAGACACUGGCUGGUAUGAAGCUAACUAUGACAUGGCUGAGCCAUUGAUUUGGGGAAAAAACUURGGCUGUUUAUUUGCAAAAAACAGCUGUAAAGCUUGGAUGAUGGCUCAGCCUAACAAAAACAUUUAUCCAUUUUGCAAAAGAUUAAAGARGGAACRAGAGGAGCUUCAUACRGACUGUUCGGUAGAUAAAACAUCUGUAGCCAUGUGUAACCUUGUUGAAUACAAYGCCSCWUUACCUCUAGAAUACCAGUAUUUUGAUUCCAUUUCUGAUGUUUCACACCCAGAGAGGUAUGGUGGCUCAGUUGAAUAUGCAGAUUUUUGUCCCUACUUUCAAGCYCUUACCUGGACAAAAGAUAAUAUUGAAUUGCGUGGCUCUUCUUGCACCUUACAAAAAAAUCAAAAGCCCCAAGAUAAGAACUAUGCGCUGGAGGAAUAUGGAAAUGCGAGGUGCUUCCUUCAAGAUAGAAAGUGGAAGAAAUCAAAAUGCMGAACACGUUGGAUAACCUCUAACUGGGGCAGUGGUUGCUAUGGUUAUAAAUGCACAAGUAAUGGUCUAAUAGUUGUGGUGAACAGUCAUGAAUUCAAGUGCUAUUUUUCAGGUCAAGUUCUUGAUCUAGAUAUCCAAACUUCUGAUGGUUGGGUUCAUAAUGGAUCCAUUGUGUGUCCUAAGUGUCAUGAUAUUUGCUAYAAUACUCAAGUGACUUGUCCCAAAGAUAUUUUCCCAGCUCCUGAAGUUUUGACUAUGCCCAAGAAACAACCAGUAGUCUGCAAAGGAAAUAUCCUUCAUUGUCUAAAUAUAYUGUAUAUUCUUGUGGUUAUACUUUAUAUCAGCUUCAUGGCAUUGACUUAGUGAAAUUUUAAUAUCAUCAUCAUAGAUUUUUCAUUAAAUUGUGGGAUGCCUUGAGAAGCAAGAAUUGAAAUAUAGAAUAUUAUGGUAUAGGGUAUAUCAAGAGAAAAUAUUUGCUAAUGRCAUCUUAAGUGAUAUGACAAGACAUUUUGUACAGACAAAAUCUGUUAAAGUGGUCAAAAAUCUUCCACUUUGACUUUUAAUUUAUUGAUCCCAGCUCAGCAAAUUCAACAUAUUAUUUUUUUGAGGCACUCUCCUCAUGAUGUAAAAUAUUACAUUUAAAUUAUAAUUUAAAGGCCUCCUUGGCAUUCCAUAAUUCCUUAGUAUUCAAGGUUGAUAGAUACUUCUUAAUACUUCUUAAUAAUUUCUGAUAACUAGGCUGAUAGAUAACAUACAUCUGUUCACACACCAGGCUUUUCUGAUUCAAUUUUACAAGGUUUUUAUGCAGAUUCUUAACACAGAACUUUGUCCUCAUUUUCUAAAACAAUUAUUACAUAGAGAGGUGAAAAAGAACCUGUGAAAUUUUUGGAUUAUAUUUUCAUUCAUUCAUUAUUUUUAUUGUUUUCUUUAUUUGUGUCUAUUUGAUUGGGUUCAAGUGAAAACAAAGAGCUUCUACGUAUGAUUGUGUUUCACAGGUUUACUGACCUCACUUCUUAAAGCGAUUUCCAAUUAUAACUGCGUCAAUGACUAUCUCUUAUAAUAUGCAAGUUGAUCAAGUCUUUUAAUAACUGUUGGCUCUAUUAUUCUGUGACAGUUGAAGAAAAAUCAUUGUAGAUUGAAUU